AGUUAUGGAGACACAUCACUGUGACACAUGUGGGAAGAGCCUUUCCUCAUCCAGUAGCCUCAAGAAGCACAUGAAGAUCCACACUGGAGAGAAGCCCUACAGCUGUGACCUCUGUGUUAAAACCUUUAGCCAGGCUGGCCAUUUCAGAGCUCAUAGCAGGAUCCACACUGGAGAGAAGCCCUACAGCUGUGACCUCUGUGGUAAAACCUUUAACCAGGCUGGCCAGUUCAGAGCUCAUAGCAGGAUCCACACUGGAGAGAAGCCCUACAGCUGUGACCUCUGUGGUAAAACCUUUAGUCAGGCUGGCCAUUUCACAGUUCACAGAAGGAUCCACACUGGAGAGAAGCCCUACAGCUGUGACCUCUGUGGUAAAACCUUUAGUCAGGCUGGCCAUUUCAGAGCUCAUAGCAGGAUCCAUAUUGGAGAGAAGCCCUACAGCUGUGACCUCUGUGGUAAAACCUUUAGCCGGGCUGGCCAGUUCAGAGCUCAUAGCAGGAUCCACACUGGAGAGAAGCCCUACAGCUGUGACCUCUGUGGUAAAACCUUUAGUCAGGCUGGCCAUUUCACAGUUCACAGAAGGAUCCACACUGGAGAGAAGCCCUACAGCUGUGACCUCUGUGGUAAAACCUUUAGUCAGGCUGACAAUUUUAGAGCUCAUAGCAGGAUCCACACUGGAGAAAAGCCCUACAGCUGUGACCUCUGUGGUAAAACCUUUACCCAUGCUAACAGUUUCACAUAUCACCGCAGAAUCCACAUUGGAGAAAAGCCCUACAGCUGUGACCUCUGUGGUAAAACCUUUACCAUUGCUAGCAGUUUCAGAGCUCAUAGCAGGAUCCACACUGGAGAGAAGCCCCACAGCUGUGACCUCUGUGAUAAAACCUUUAGCCAGACUUCCACUUUGAGAAGUCACCGCAGGAUCCACACUGGAGAGAAGACCUACAGCUGUGACCUCUGUGGUAAAACCUUUGGCCAGGCUGGCCAUUUCACUGUUCACCGCAGGAUCCACACUGGAGAGAAGCCCUACAGCUGUGACCUCUGUGGUAAAACCUUUGGCCAGGCUGGCCAUUUCAGAGCUCAUAGGAAGAUCCACACUGGAGAGAAGCCCUACAGCUGUGACCUCUGUGGUAAAACCUUUGGCCAUGCUGGCCAUUUCACUGUUCACCGAAGGAUCCACACUGGAGAUGAGCCCUACAGCUGUGACCCCUGUGGUAAAACCUUUAGCCAGGCUGGCCAUUUCAGAGCUCAUAGCAGGAUCCACACUAGAGAGAAGGUGGUUCAGCUACCAUACAUAAACUUCAUGAGGGAGCUGGGUGCUACCUUCCUCAAUGCCUACACCAACUCUCCAAUCUGCUGCCCCUCCCGUUCAGUUACAGUUCCCAAUACACAUCACUGUGACACAUGUGGGAAGAGCCUUUCCUCAUCCAGUAGCCUCAAGAAGCACAUGAAGAUCCACACUGGAGAGAAGCCCUACAACUGUGACCUCUGUGUUAAAACCUUUAGCCAGGCUGGCCAUUUCAGAGCUCAUAGCAGGAUCCACACUGGAGAGAAGCCCUACAGCUGUGACCUCUGUGGUAAAACCUUUAACCAGGCUGGCCAGUUCAGAGCUCAUAGCAGGAUCCACACUGGAGAGAAGCCCUACAGCUGUGACCUCUGUGGUAAAACCUUUAGCCAGACUUCCACUUUGAGAAGUCACCGCAGGAUCCACACUGGAGAGAAGCCCUACAGCUGUGACCUCUGUGGUAAAACCUUUGGCCAGGCUGGCCAUUUCACUGUUCACCGCAGGAUCCACACUGGAGAGAAGCCCUACAGCUGUGACCUCUGUGGUAAAACCUUUAGCCAGGCUGGCCAUUUCAGAGCUCAUAGCAGGAUCCACACUAGAGAGAAGGUGGUUCAGCUACCAUACAUAAACUUCAUGAGGGAGCUGGGUGCUACCUUCCUCAAUGCCUACACCAACUCUCCAAUCUGCUGCCCCUCCCGUUCAGUUACAGUUCCCAAUCAUCACUGUGACACAUGUGGGAAGAGCCUUUCCUCAUCCAGUAGCCUCAAGAAGCACAUGAAGAUCCACACUCGAGAGAAUCCCUACAGCUGUGACAUCUGUGGUAAAACCUUUAGCCAGGCUGGCAAUUUCAGAGCUCAUAGCAGGAUCCACACUGGAGAGAAGCCCUACAGCUGUGACCUCUGUGGUAAAACCUUUAACCAGGCUGGCCAUUUCACAGUUCACAGCAGGAUUCACACUGGAGAGAAGCCCUACAGCUGUGACCUCUGUGGUAAAACCUUUAGCCAGGCUGGCCAUUUCAGAACUCAUAGCAGGAUCCACACUGGAGAGAAGCCCUACAGCUGUGACCUAUGUGGUAAAACCUUUAGUCUGGCUGGCAGUUUCAGAGCUCAUAGCAGGAUCCACACUGGAGAUAAGCCCUACAGCUGUGACCUCUGUGGUAAAACCUUUAGCCUUGUUGGCAAUUUUAGAGCUCAUAGCAGGAUCCACACGGGAGAGAAGCCCUACAGCUGUGACCUCUGUGGUAAAACCUUUACCAUUGCUAGCAGUUUCAGAGCUCAUAGCAGGAUCCACACUGGAGAGAAGCCAUACAGCUGUGACCUCUGUGAUAAAACCUUUAGCCAGGAUUCCACUUUGAGAAGUCACCGCAGGAUCCACACUGGAGAGAAGCCCUACAGCUGUGACCUCUGUGGUAAAACCUUUAGCCAGGCUGGCCAUUUCACUGUUCACCGCAGGAUCCACACCGGAGAAAAGCCAUACAGCUGUGACCUCUGUGGUAAAACCUUUAGCAAGGCUGGCCAUUUCAGAGCUCAUAGCAGGAUCCACACUGGAGAGAAGCCCUAAACUGCUCCUUCCAAGGUUUCUUCCAUUUUUUUGUCUAACUUUUAUUGAUGGAAGACUUUUUAGCCUUUGUUACGAACCUUGUCUAGGGGGAAAGGCCGUAACACUAAACAAACACACAAGACAGAACGCGCAUGCAAACAUGGCGAGGGACGUAACAGCCUGUGUUCUGCACCUCUCUUUCACCAACUGUAUUUGGAGGAGGGGAGCACUGAACUGCUCCUCCUAAAGUUUCUUCUAUUUUUUCUCGCAUUUUCUUGAGGGUUUAGGUUUGUUGAGGGGCAGUUCUAUGGGCGUGUGCGAGGACCUCUGACAUUGCUUAUAAAAAGGGCUAUACAAAUAAAUAAGAUUUGAAUGUGAUGAUCAGAAUACGGACGCACUUCUCUGUAUUUACAUUUGCAAGUAAAGGGUCAAGAGACUGGGUGGUUCUGAAACAAAAGAGUUUAUUGUUCUAUUUACCAGAUGAUAGCCUGAUAACGGUAGUUUACACCCUUCUCUCCUACCUCACUGGAGGAUGAAGACUGGAACAGAGAUGUUUUAAAUAUAGGGCUUGGCGGCAGGCCUAUGUCCUAAAAUGUACGUAAACACAGUAUAAUUUUGUGACACGGACGGUAACGGUAGGCUCUAUCAUGAUAUAUGAGUUUUUCUUAACAUUUUUAGUCCAUAAUUGUUUCAAUAGAUUGCAAUCCGUGCCGGCCAUAAUCCGCCGGGUUUGGAUGGAGUAGCCUAAGGUACGGCAGGUUUGUCGCAUGAAUGAAGUUUAUUUCUGUGUUGUCCAUUUA